UCCCCCAAUCCCCACAGCCGCCCGCCCGCACCCUCCCUCCUCCCUCGUCUCAGCCGCCACCCCCACGAACCCUAGCCGCGCCCUCCUGCAUCCUCCCCUCCCUGGUCCGCCCCAAGCUCCUUCUCCUCCUUCGUCCUCACAUGCUCCACCCUGAGCACGCCGGCGGCGAAGCGCACCGCGAGGCCCCGGAGCAACUCAGCCAGAGCCCCUCUGUACAGGAGGAACCCCGCGGCCAGCGCAGCCAACAACGGUGGCGCGUACAAGAGCUCGGCCUUGAUGGGCCGCCCGCCGUCCGCGAGGGUCACGUCCGCGCUGAAGGGCAGUAACGAGCACAUGGUGCGGUACGAGGAGGUACGCAGGGAGAAGGUGCACGGCUCCGCCUAGCACCAUGUGUGCGGCGACGGGGACAUGCAAUCACGGGCAGAUUUUGGGGAGCGGCACAAGCAUCAAGCAAUGGCUGAUUCCAAGGUGGGCUUCCCCUCGGCUCCUCUCUCUCUCCCCCCAUCACACAUUAAUCUCCUCCUGAUCUUGUUAUUUAUGCAUCUAUAUGUCGUUGAUGUUCUUCCGAUUUGCACGCAUGUCAAGAUCAAGGAUAUUUAAACUUGUUUCUUCUAUUGAUGGAAGAUUUCAGAUACUUCUGUAGAUGAAUUUCUGUGCUAAGAUACAUUGUGUUAAUUGUCCGAAAGAUGGAACGAUUUGCUCCACGGAAAUUAUCUCCUUAGUUGCAUUCCAUUUACAGGUAAAGUGAGAUUGUUACCUCUGUUUGAUUUUAUGUUCAAACUUUACGAUUGGAGUAUGGAUAUUAGAUUAGCUAUUUGGAAUUUUUCAUUAGAGGGGCCAGGCUUGACUUAAUACUUAAUUACUUUCUGUUUGAACAAAAAAAAGAGUGCACUUAUGAAUUGUAAAAUGUGAAGUGCAGACCCGACAUCCUCCAAUAUUACCUGAUUUGGUGCUGACUUUCAUCUUCCAGUUCAUGUUCAUUGCCUUGCUGUGGUUGCACCGUGGUCUGUGGGGAACAUGAACAAAUACCUUUGCUACAACCGAGGUCUUAACAGACCAGUCAAGGAGAGAUAGGUUCUGUGAGUUAUUUUACCCUCUGUUUAUCCCUCUCAGAUUAGCGGAGAAGAAGGAUCUUUUUUUUCAUUUCCUUUUGAUUUCCUCUCUUGUUUGACAAGAACGAAUUUUUUCUUCAUAAUUUUGCAGGGGUUGUUAUGCUCUGUCCCUCGAGGCAGGUGCCAUCUGCAUUUUGUGAAGAUUGCCGUCAUCUAGAUUUUAUUGCGGCAUGAUGCAUAUGUAAUAAGGAAUUUGGUGUUUCAGAAGCAUCAUUGGAAGUUCGUAUGCUAAUAUCUCAAUUGGCAAGAUAAAAAGACCACCACUUCUUACCUUCCAGUCAUUUUAAUAUUAUAGGAAUGUAAGUUGAAUUCAGUGCCCCUGCAUUUACACGACUGGGUGUUAUUCAUUUUUUGUUUCCUUUGAUGCGCUGAGUACAGAUUGAAGCAUGUUGGGUACAAAAUGUUUCCAAGAUUAGUUUAGGAUCAGAACUAGUUUAGGAUCAAGAUAAAAACCUGGUUAUAUGUUGCAUCUCAAAAUCAAGAUGUUGAUUCGAGAAGAGAAAGGAGCUGUCGGCGUGACAUGGUGCGAGACCUUUGUCCCGGAGCAUGCAGCUUGUCAGUAUAAAGUAAUGGGUAUCAGUGUUUUCUCAUACAUAUGAUUCUGAAGUAAUAGAGAGCAGGAAGUGGUAGGCUUAAUUUCAGUUAGAUAAAUAGGUAUACUGCAGCAUCAUAUAUUCCUUUGUAUUUUUCUUGCCAGGUUCAUGCUUUAUACAUCGUGUAUAUACGCAUAAAGUACACCCACAUAAAUUAUAGUUCGUAGUAUUGGCAGCAAACAGAGGCGCAGCUAAGCAGUAGCAUGUCCCUAUUAUAAAUGGGUAGAAAAAGCGCUUAUCAAAAGAACAGUAUCUCUGUUACAUGAUAAGAACGAAUGUUUGCUUUUAUGCAUAUGUCUAAAAGCACUCCACUAUAAUGCAAAUAGUAUCAUGUUCAGAGCCUUAAUAAUGGCAGCUGUAAACCCAAAAUAAUCCAUCUUAUAAUUUUGUAUACAAAAUAGAUUCCGGUGAGAAUCACUUCAAUAAGAAUGCUAGCUGCUACCAUAUAUCUAAUUGGCUCCAGAUCGAAAAUUUCAGUUGUUAAUCUCUGAAUGCAGUAUGCACUUGUGCUGAAACAUAGAGCGUGCGGUGUUGCUUUGUACAGGAAUAAAAAAUCUCAGUUGUUAAUCUCUGAAUGAAGAAGGAUCAUGGUUCCCCACCUCUCUACUACUCAUAUUAAUGCCACCCUUUGCUAAUUUAUCUUUGGUUGUUCAAUGCAUGAUAACAUUUUUGAAUUUGCAACAUAUGAUACCUUCAUCUUCUGAGUAGGAAGUCACUGGAUAUUAUAAUUAGACGAAUACAGCAUUAGAAGAUGCCACAACCUCGAAUAUACCUAAAUCUGGAAAAACAAUUGGUUAGGUAGGAGGUCUGUUGUCACAAUUUCCAAUUUUUUAGUGCAAGAUGGACCCAGUUUGGGGUUCUUCAUCUAUUCUCAGCGAGCGUUAGUUUUGUAUUUUGUGUGUACUUCCACUUAAUCAUUAAAAAUUUCAUGAUACAUCAGAUUUUAUAAAGGGCUACUUCACAAGCAUUCGAUAGUAAAAGAAUUAGGGCCUGUUCUGAAACUCUGCCAACUCCACCAAAUCCGCAACUUCAGCUUCUCGAGCGAGCUUCUCGCUUCGCCCAGCGAUCGAAAACGGUUCGGCAGCGAAGCUGGCUUCUCUCAGCGCUGCAGCCCGGCUGGAAGGCAAAAAGCCCAUUGGGCGCCCCUUUGGGCUGGCUGGAGGCAGCCCAGGAGAGGGAAAACGAUUAGAUCGAGUGGGAGGACUCGGUACUGUGCACUAGCGUGGGCGUAUGUCGAAGGGCUCAGGCGAAACGUUUUCUUUGGCGAUGGCAAACAUCUUGUAAAUAGAGAGAACUCCAGAUUCUGUAAAAGGUGGAGCUGGGUUCUUGUUGCUUCUCAAAAAUGCACUGCGGCCGGAAACAGCUUCGUGAAUUUAGCUUCCAGGAGCUAAAUCGUUCUGCAGCUUUUUGAUUCUGGAGUUUGUGAAGUUGAGAGCUGGAGAAUUCCAGAACAGGCCGUCCAUGAUAUUGCCUCAACUGCAUGUAAUGACUGAUAAGCAAGGUAUUCUCCAAAAUAAAAUUAUUGGUUGAUCUGCUUACCACCUUCUCAUUUCAGGCCCUCUUGCUAUAGUCAUGUGAAAGGAUGGUGUUCGGAGCUAUAUAUUGGAAAAUAUUUCUUGGCAUUCCAUUAAAUUUCCGAGUGUUCUCCAACUGCAGCGGCCGUGUCGUGACUGACGUGUUGAGUUCUUGCACAAGCACAACCUCUAGCCCAGUGAGCACACUCACCCCACUUAGUUUUAUGGUCAGAGCGACACCCAAGGCCGAUUCGUGCCCGAGCGCUCCUGCGACCGCCAUGCUCGCGCGUGGCCGUCCGGCCGCCGCCGGCCUGAUCUCCUAGCUCUCGCCUGCUCCGCGUCCGGCGAGACCAGAUCCAGUACCCUUGUCCUGCGCUCUGUCUUCUCCGCGAGCUCCCCUGCUCCUCCGUCUAGUGCUCUGCCUCCUUGGUGAUUUCCGGCGAUUUCCUGGUGACUGGUGUCAUGCCGCUUCUUCUCCUCCCCUUCCUUCUCUGAUCUCCUAUCUCAUCCCUCGUCUCCCGGAUUCCCUUCUCCUUUGUGUCUCCUCUCUACUUCCCCUUGUUCCCUCAAUCCAUCUUGCUCAUCCAGAUCCCCUUUUGUUGCUUCUCUGCUUCUUCCCUCCCCGUGAUACUCACUGCCCUCCGAUUCUGUUAGUGACCUGCUGCUGCUCUCCACUUUCGCCACAGAUCCGGAGCUUCUGCCCAACGGCCUUAUUUUCGCAGAUCUGGCGUCUCCUUGCUGUGGGUGACCCCGGGCUCGCGCCGAGCCAGGAGAGUGGGGGUGAGGAAGGCAGAGUUAUCUGUCUCGAUUCCAGAUAUCUUUUGGGCGCUAUGAGGGCCAUCGCCUGGAACUGCCGAGGUAUGGGCAGAAGCCUUGGCAGUGAGAGGAUGCUCUAUCUUGCCAACUUGAUGCGGUCUACGAAGACACAGGUAACAUUUGUUUCAGAAAUCAAGUCUUCCAAAGUCCGUUCUGUCGAUCUUGUUAAUAGGUUUGAUGUUGCCAACGGCUUUGUUGUUCCUUCUAGAGGUGCCUCAGGUGGCCUUUGGCUUAUGUGGACCGAUGAGCUCAAAGUUUCUGUGCAUGCUGCUGCUUUUCACUAUAUUUUAGCAAAUGUAGUUCAUGCAGCUUCAGGGGUCAACUUUUGUCUUAUUUGUAUAUAUGGUGACCCGUAUCACAAGCAGACUAAUGCCAUCUGGGACCAAGUUGCUGAUUUUGUCUAUGAUAACCUAGGAAAGCCCAUGGUUUGUAUGGGGGACCUUAAUGAUGUGGAUGCGUGUGAUGGUAAUAUCAACUUCUAUCGUAUGAAUGCUUUCAGGUCUCUUGUUAAAAAUUGUGGGCUGUUUGAUAUUGGUUAUAGUGGUCCUGCUUAUACUUGGCGUGGUAGGCAACAUACUUCUAAGCCCAUUCAUAAACGUCUUGAUCGAUGCUUGGUCAAUUUUGAUUGGUGCGCUUUUUAUCCUAAUACUAAAGUGCUGAAUCUUCCUAUUAUUCUUGGUGACCAUGCUCCCAUUUUAAUUUCCUCGGAAGGUAAACUUGUUAGGCCUAGACAAUCUUUUAAAUUUGAAAACUGGUGGCUUAUGGAAAAAGAUUUUCACUCUUUUGCUAAAAAUAAUUGGAUUUCUAGUUCCCUGACCUCUUUUGCUGCAAAGUCAUCUUCUUUGGCAGGAUCUUUAAAAGUCUGGUGCAAGAAGAAAAAACCUCUCCAACAAGAACUUGCUGAGCUAGAAUCCAGAAUCAAGGAUUUGCAACAGCUGCCUCUCCACCAACAGGACCAUGUUUUGGAAAGUACUCUUACUAAUAGGCCUUUUUCUUCCCCUAUUUGGACUAAUGACAACAAUGAUCCUACUUAUUCUAUUCCGGACAAGACUGAACUUUUGCGGAUUCUUAAAGACAUGAAGCUUAAUGCUUCUCCUGGUCCUGAUGGGUUCAAUGUAGAAUUUUAUUUAGCUACUUGGGAUUGGAUUGGGGAUGAGGUAACUCAGCUUGUCACUCACUUCUAUAAUACUGCUACACUUCCCCCUCACAUCAAUGAUACCAAUAUUGCUCUUAUCCCUAAGAAGUUGGUUCCUCUUGUGCCCAUGGACUACCGUCCUAUUAGUCUUUGUAAUGUGCUUUAUAAAAUCAUUGCUAAGUCUCUUGCGAAUAGACUUAAGCAUCAUCUUCCUGAUUACAUUGACCAAGCUCAACAAGCAUUUAUUGAGGGUAGACGUAUUAGUGACAACAUUAUCAUUGCUCAAGAAAUUGCUCACUCGUUUUCUCUUAAAUCCUGGAAAUAUGAUGCCUUUAUGCUUAAGAUUGACCUUGCCAAAGCUUUUGAUCGUUUAGAAUGAAAUUUCAUUGUUUCUGCUCUGGCUCGUAAAGGGCUGCAUGGUCAUUUUGUUAAUUUGGUUCAUGCAUGCGUCUCAUCUCCCUCAUUCUCUGUUCUCAUUAAUGGCCAGCCCUCUCCUAAAUUUAAGAGCUUCAGAGGAAUACGACAAGGCUGUCCCAUGUCUCCUUACUUGUUUGUUCUUACAAUUAAUGAACUUUCCAUCUUGCUUAAUGAAGCUUUGCAGGCUAACCAAUUGCAGGGAAUUUCUCUUGGACCAAACUGCCCCUCUGUCCAUUCUCUUCUAUUUGCAGAUGAUCUUCUGGUGUGUGGGCACGCUACUUAUCAGGAGGCUCAGACGAUGGCCAGUCUUAUUCAACACUUUUGUGCUCUUUCUGGUCAAACUCCUAACUGGAAUAAAUCUGCCAUUCUCUUUAGCAAUCAUGUUUCUCAGAAUAUUAUUAAUGAUAUUAAGCAAGUCUUUCCUGUUGCUAAUCUUGAUGCUAAUUUCACUCAUCUUGGUCAUCCUUUAAUUUUGCCUGCUAAGAAUAGGGGUGCUGCUUAUAACUUUGUUUUGGAUAAAUUUUUAAAUAAGCUCCCCUCUUAUAAAGCUAACAUGCUAUCUCAUGCUGCCCGUCUUGAACUUAUUCGCUCUGUCUUUUCUGCUAUCCCUGUUUACUAUAUGGCAAACAUUCUGUUUUCAAAAAUUUUUAUUGCCAAGCUCACUUCUAUCAUUAGGAAUUUUUGGUGGACAGGGAUUAGAGAAACAGAUUCUAAGAGGAGUCUUUGUCUCAGAGCAUGGAAGGAUAUUACCAACUCCAAGUCUGAAGGUGGUCUUGGAAUCAGAAAUCUAAAAGCCGUCAAUGAGAGUCUUAUUCUUGCUGCGGCUUGGAGGUUAGCUAAAAACCCCUCCUCCCAAUUAUAUUGUGUUCUUCAAGCCAAAUAUUUUUCUACCACUUCUAUUUGGAAAGCUACUAAUAAUCCACCUAAAUCUGCCUUUUGGCUUCCAUUUUAAAAAUGCUUCCUAAACUUAAAGAGCAUGCCUUCUAUCAACUCACCCAAGGUAAUGUUUCUAUUUGGAGCAUGCCUUGGUGCAAUCUUUGGAACUCUAUUCAUGAUUUUCUCAUUCCUCAACCAUCAGGCUUUAUUUAUCCCUCCUUGGUUAGGGAUCUUUGGCAGCCUGGGCAAAGGCAAUGGAACCGUCAGCUCAUUUUCUCUCUUUUUCAGCAACCUUUGGCUACUCAGAUUAUCAACAUUGAUAUUCUCGAUGAUGAUAAUGCUGAUAUUCUUUGUUGGCCUUUGGCUCCCAAUGGUAUUUGCUCUUCCAAAGCUGCUUAUAAACUUUGCUUACAAGACAUUCAUACUAAUCCUAGAACUGCUUCUCUGGAUGUUCCUUUGGAUUUGAAAGCUUUUCUUAAAACUAUUUGGAAGCAGAAAGAUUUAUUGCCCAAGGUUAAAACUUUUGCUUGGAGGAUGCUUAGCAAAGCUUUGCCCACAGGAAUGAGAGCAGGCCGUUUUUCUAUUCACAUUUUGCAGAAUUGUUGUAGAUGUGCUCAGCAAGAAGAUGAGUUUCACCUUUUCUUUCUUUGUGACUUUGCUAGAGCGGCCUGGUUCUCUGCUCCUUGGUUUCUUAGAUCUGACAUCCUUGUGCAAGGUCACUCUUCAAUGCAUUCCCUUCUGAUUCACUUUGCUUCUAUGGGCCAUCCUUAUGCAUCUUUGCAAAAUAUUUUCAAUUUUAUGUGGUGCAUUUGGAAGGCUAGAAAUGAUUUCCUCUUUGAGAGGAAAUUUUCUUUUCCCUACCAAAUUAAAAUUGCUGCUACUAGUUUGAAUAAUAUUCUCCAAGAGGAGAUUCUGCCUUCUACUAAUAUUCAGUCUUUGCAGGCUUCUCAACCUGAUAAUUCUCCUCUUCCUAAGCAAGGCAAUACUCUCAAAUCAGACCUUCUCAUUAAUGGUGCUAAAGUGUUUUCUGAUGCUGCUUUCAGAACUUCUAGAGUUCCAGGAUUUCGGCAAGGUCAAUUGCGCACAGGUGUGGGAGUUUACUUUUGUCUUCCUUCUUCUAAUAGGGAAAUAAAUAUUCAGGUUCAAGCUUCAGGCCCUUCGAUGGACACUCCUCUUCAAGCUGAAGCAAUUGCUCUUGCUUGUGCAGCUCAAUUGGCGGCUUGCCUUAACAUUCAAACUCCUACUUUUUUAACCGAUUCUCUUUCUCUUGCCACUGUUGCUGCUGCCAGGAAUAUUGCUCACUCUUCCACUCCUUGGAAUAUUAGAAAAGAAGUGGCUUCUUUUGUAAACUCUACUUCUAAUCUUAAUCCCCAAGUUUUUCAUAUUUCUAGGAAUUUGAAUGGGGUGGCUCACAAUUUAGCUCAUCAAGUUUUUCAAAUGGCUGGAGGACCUACACUCAAUUGCUCUUCUCACUCUCAUGUCACUGAAUCAUGUCCUGUAGCUGCCUCUCUUGUUGAUUUUAAUUUUGUAGGAAUUCAGCUUCAUAAGGUGUAUUGCUUUUAGGAGAAAGUUGAUAGCUCUAGGAAGUUCCUCAUCUCAACAUGAUAUGAUGGUCUAUGCUCGGUUGUUGGAAAGAAGGAGAUUGCUGUCAAAGCUGGAAUUUUCUUUUCCCCUUCUCUUCCUUUGUUUCUUAGGACAUGCUGUUCUUUAGCAAGGGUCUUGUUCCUUGCUCUCUCAUAUGUCUUUAUUCAGCUCUUCUUUCUUUACAUCUGCAGUUCUUCUUUCUCUUUAUUCUAGCAGAUGGUGUAAUCUCGACUGUAAAAUGUUCUGUGAGCUGAAUAUAUUGGUAUCUUCGGGUGCCUUUCUCUGUUCAAAAAAAAAGUUUUAUGGUCU